GUUUAGGUCUCGUUUACCGAAGAGAUGUUUUCCUUCAAUUUUCUGCAGAGUGUUUUAUUUUUAUGUACCGUCAUGUAACAUAGUGUAAUGUAGGUAACAGAGCGAGGGAUAAUAGCGCAUAGUUUUUAUUUUCUUAUCUAGUAGUUUAUUUUGUGCGUUUCCACAGCAGGGCAAGCUCAUCACUCCAUGCCAAUCGUCUCCUACUGAGCUGCCUAUUAAUGGGAGCGUUCGCUCUCACCGAAGCGUCGCAUCAAUCAAGGAAAACAUUCAGCACCGAGGUUUUCGAAGCGUUCUGCCGAACAUAAAAUAACCGCGAGACGGUUAUCUACCGACGGUCCCGUAACCUCAAAAAGAGCGGCAGCCUUCGCGUUUACUUCCGAGUCUUAUUCAAGGCACAGGGGAGGAAUUUUAUACACCCGGAGGUUUUCCUCGCACCAAGCAUUCGUUCCACCGGACCAAAAACAUUGAGAAGGACAUGGAUCUGAGCUCCUGGAAGGGCGUGCCCCGGCCGGAGCGCAUCACCCUGGAGGGCCGCUACGCGCGGCUCGAGCCCCUGGACCCGGGGCGUUACGGCGACGACCUCUUCACCGCGGCCGUGGCGCCCGGCGCGGAGGACCGCUUCCGCUACCUCCCCGAUAACCCGCCGGCCGAUCGCGCCGCCUUCAGCGCCUGCCUCGAGACCUGCGCCUCCAGCUCGGACCCGCUUUUCUUCGCGACGAUCGACCGGCGCACGAACCGCGCCGAGGGCCGCCAAGCCCUGAUGCGCAUCGACCCCGCCCACGGCGUCAUCGAGGUCGGGCACAUCCUGUGGGGCCCGGCCAUCGCCCGCAGUCGAGUCACCACCGAGGCCAUCUACCUCUUGGCCAGCUACGUCUUCGACACGCUCGGCUACCGCCGCUUCGAGUGGAAGUGCGACAACCGCAACGAGCCCUCCCGGCGGGCGGCCGCACGCUUCGGCUUCGCUCACGAGGGCGUCUUCCGUCAGCACAUGGUCAUCAAGGGUGAGAACCGGGAUACUGCCUGGUUCGCCAUGCUCGACGCCGAUUGGCCGCGCUUGAAACCUGGCUACGAGCGCUGGCUCCAUCCGGAUAAUUUCGACGCGGACGGCACGCAGAAGACCAAGCUCACCUUCGAUUCCGUGUAGCUCAUUUCUGUGACUCCCACUUCUUACUCUUAUGAUUGGAAUUCAUAGACAAAGCCUCAGACGCAGAAUACGAAGCGAAAAUGUAUAGCCUUUUGGAGGAAGCAAGUGGUCGCAAUGGCCAAGGGAGGCAAUCAAUAGACUAGCUAAUGGCAACCCACGAGAGACCCUAUGAUUAUUCAAUUUUUCCUCUAUAGCUUAUCAGAAUUACCAGUUUCAACCCAUUAAUUAGACGUAUUUCUAUCAAAAGGAACUAUGUGCAUUGUGACGUGAGCCCUGUAAUGCAUGUAUUCUCAUGGGUCUCAGGGCUCAUGUCUUAAUGCAUAUAGUUCCGUUUGGCAGGAAUACGUCCAAUUGGAUCGCUCCAUUUCCCCUUUAUCCUCUUUUUCUACAGCUUUGUCUAUCAAUUUCAGUAAUCAGCCUUUUGAAGACAAUUUAUUGUAGAGCUCCCACAUUCUCAAUUCAAGAGAUGUAAGUGUGGGCAAGGCAUAAGUUAACCUCCGAAAUUCGCACCAAAUUAUGAAUGAUUGGGAGUAUUUUUAACACUUUUUACGCAUAGAUUGGUUACAGAUGAAUUGGACGCAUUUUUAUUGAGAGGAAUCAUAUCCACAUUGACUUGAGCCCUGCAAUGCAUGUAUUCUUUUGGAUUAAAGGACUUAAGUCGGAAUGGAUAAAGUAUAGUUCCCUUUGAUUUAAAUACGUCAAAUCGGACCGCGUCUCAAUGAAACUCUAUGUAAAUUUUAAGUUGUAUCUAUAACCUGUAAUGCUGUGUCCAUGCUUUGUAAAACAGAUUUUAAUAUAUUUCGUCAUCAAAUCAUUGA